AUGGUAAUUGGUCUGGAAGGCAUACCGGUGUAUACGCAUUUCUUUCUACAUGACAGUCAUUGGGCAUUUGGAGCAUUUCUAUGCGACCUAUGGUUGUCUGUGGAUUACAUCGUUUGUCUCGCUUCCAUUUAUACGGUGCUUGGUAUCACCGUAGAUAGGUAUUGUUCCGUAAAGCAUCCAGCCACGUAUCGUAAUUGGCGGACACCGCGACGGGUUAUGUUGAUCAUUGCCGUUAUAUGGAUUGUUCCAAGCAUAUUAUUUUCGCUAUCAAUAUUCGGGUAUGGAACGUUUACGGGCAAAGGUCGAAUGUUGAAAGAGGACGAGUGUUAUGUGCAAUUCAUGACGAAUCCAUAUUUGAAUAUGGGCAUGUACAUCUCUUACUAUUGGUCGACACUGUUCGUCAUGCUUUACCUCUAUUGGGGUAUAUAUCGAGCAGCCAAACAGCUUGCUAUGAAGAGCGAUCAGGAGAGUAUUGCAUUUCAGAAAACAAAACGAUUGGCGCUGCUGACCGAAUUGCGGAAACCGGAAAUGUCUGUGCGGACGAGUGACGCAAAUAAGAGCAGUUCCGACUCACCGAAUGACAAUGAUACCAGCAGCAGCAGCAAGUAA